UUGGUUGUUUGUUCAGCUUUUCCAUCCAACAUGUCUGAGACUCCGCCUGUCGCUCAGCCCACGUCCGCUGCUCCCGAGAAGCCCGCGGCCGUAAAGAAGCCUAAGAAGCCCGCCAAGGCGGCCACUAAGAAGAAGCCCGCGGGCCCCUCGGUGUCCGAGCUCAUCGUCCACGCCGUCUCCACCUCCAAGGAGCGCAGCGGCGUGUCCCUGGCCGCGCUCAAGAAGGCGCUGGCGGCCGCGGGCUACGACGUGGAGAAGAACAACAGCCGCAUCAAGCUGGGGCUCAAGAGCCUGGUGAGCAAGGGCACCCUGGUGCAGACCAAGGGCACCGGUGCCGCCGGCUCCUUCAAGCUCAACAAGAAGGCGGAGGCCAAGCCGACCACCAGCAAGGUGUCGGCCAAGGCCAAGACCCCCAGCGCUGCCAAAAAGCCCAAGAAGACUGCGGGGGCCUCGGCCAAGAAGGCUGUCAAGACUCCCAAGAAGCCUAAGAAGCCCGCUGUCUCCAAGAAGGCCGCCAAGAGCCCCAAGAAGCCCAAGGUGGUGAAGGCCAAGAAGGUGGCCAAGAGCCCCGCCAAGCCGAAGGCUGUGAAGCCCAAGGCGGCGAAGGCCAAGGUGACCAAGCCCAAGACGGCUGCGAAGCCCAAGAAGGCGGCGCCCAAGAAGAAGUGAACAGUUGGAGGCUUCUCUUCAGUGACCCAACGGCUCUUUUCAGAGCCACCUACACAAGUCUGAGAAAGGGCUGGACACGGGCUUGCUGUGCGCAGUCACGUGGCGAAGCAUUCUGGGGCAAUCGGGGCUAGAUCUGGGAUGGUGCACUCGGUUAUCGCUUGGUUAGGCCUGCGCUUAGCGCAUAUGGUUAUGCUUGCAAGGCUACCGCAACAGGCUUAGGAUGGAAAGCUCCGAGUCCGAAGGGUGGAGCUGCCCUCCGUGAAGUGGGGCUGGUGCCCUGUGGG